AUCUGUUUCAAUAAAUGUGAUGUGAUUGUGGUUGUGAAGAAGUGAUCAACUUGCAUAAGAUAUAUACGGCGUUAAAUAUCUAAAUUAGAAAAUGAAUGUCUUGUAAUAAAUGAAACUAUAAAUAUGGAUAACCCACGACCGAAUCUUCAAUAUAAAAUGAGAUUUAAUUGGCUACUUUAAUAUUUCUUUUUUAUCUUCAUUUAUACUCAACCGGAAAUAAUAUAACAAUCAGCAAUGGAUGAACGACGAGUAGCCGAUUAUUUUGUAGUAGCUGGCCUACCAGAGGUGCCAGAAAUACUGGAUGAUUCUGAUUCUGGACAUUUAAAAGGCUAUAGCACUAAAGCCCCUAUAACUGAUAUCGGAGUAAUGUUUCCGGGGCUGGGGGAGAAGGUCCCAGAUGGUUAUGAAAUGCUGGAACUGACUCCUACAGGUCUACCAGCUGAUUUGAACCAUGGCUCGAUGAGGUCACCAGAGUGUUUCCUAUGUAUCAGACGAGGACGGGAUAGACCUCCCCUCGUUGAUAUUGGUGUAAUGUACGAGGGUAAGGAACGUCUGAUGGCUGAUGCGGAAAUGGUCCUGCGUUCCGUGGAAGAUAGAGUGGCUAACGUGAACAACUCGUCAGCCAAGACGUUUAUAACGUACAGACGGGCGCAUCCGAACGCGCCGUGUAACGCGCUCGUCGUGGUCGACGUUUGCGUCAUAGUCGAGAGCAGAGGAGAGACGCCGCCUCACGCCUUCUGUAUGAUACCCAAGAAUUUGAAUAAAGGUCUAAUGGGGAGUAACGUUUUCCUCUGUUACAAGAAGUCAAUGAACCGCCCGCCGCUAAUUGCUUAUAAGCCAGAAGUAUUGUUUAGAUACCCUCAAGUAGACCGUCGUAGUCUAGCGUUUCCUACAUCAGUACCAUUAUUCUGCCUUCCAAUGGGAGCUACCUUGGAAGUGUGGCCGAACAACGCGUCAUCACCCAAGCCAGUCUUCUCAACCUUUGUACUGACGGUCGCUGACGCUACCGACAAGGUGUACGGUUCCGCGGUGACGUUCUACGAGCGUUACACCAACCCGCUGUCUGAGAGCCAGAUGGACCAGCUGGGUUGGAGGGCCGGUGUCACUCACAUGACACACUCGCUACACGCCAACAAGUCAAUAUGUUUACUAUCCAGGUGGCCCUUCAGUGAUACGUUCGAGAGGUGGCUGUUGUAUAUACUUGAGAUGUCUUGGAGCAAGGAACCACUAAACAUACCUAUUGAAAGAUACAUAACACAUUUAUUGGAAGAAGUACCGUUCCCCGAGCCCAGGAUAUUAUUACAGUUAUCACCAACUAAUCCUCACGACCGUGUGAUAGUGACCCGGCGGGAUGAUCAACCUUUAGUGCGGAGCGGGGCCGGCUUCAGACAACUUCUGCUUAACUUAGGACCAGACAACUGUUUGUUACUCCUGGCGUUAGCUAUCACAGAACAAAAAAUACUUAUACACUCUCUUAGGCCAGACACAUUAACUGCAGUCUCCGAGGCAGUGUCUAGUUUCCUUUUCCCCUUCAAAUGGCAAUGUCCCUACAUACCUCUAUGUCCUUUGGGGCUAGCAGAAGUGCUACACGCUCCUCUGCCUUACUUGAUAGGUGUUGACUCAAGGUUCUUUGAUCUUUAUGAACCACCGCCUGACGUGACAUGCGUUGAUCUAGAUACUAAUAAUAUUACGAUAUGCGAGUCACAACGGCAUAUAUCAUUGAAACUGUUACCUAAAAGACAAGCGAGAGUCCUGAGACAAACAUUGGACCAGUUACUAUCAAACAUACGACCCGGUAUGUUAGCGUCUCCGGUAAAUUCAUCUGGUGAUAAACACAACGGCGAACCAACUACCAGUUUAGAUAGAGAUUUCCAAAAGAGAAAGAAAGAGCAAGCAUUGGAGCUUAAAAUCCAGGAAGCCUUUCUAAGGUUCAUGGCGGUGACCUUUCAAGGUUAUCGUUCAUUUCUAAUACCUAUCACUAAAGCACCGACCGUGGGUACAACAGACCCGCACGCCCUGUUCCAUAUGGACUCAUUUUUGAGAUCAAGGGACAAGACCCACCAGCGUUUCUUCGCUCUGACGAUGCGGACACAGAUGUUCACUCGUUUCAUAGAAGAACGUUCGUUCGUAUGCGACGCUGAUCAAGCCUUGUCCUUCUUCGACGAAUGCAUAGAGAGAGUUGCUAGCGAGGAACCCUUAUUAGGAAUGGACGAUAGUAAUACGUCUGAGAGGACCGUGUUUGUACUACCUCCGGACCCGCCGGAUACCGAACAGCAGUACACGUACAAUAAGUUUAUAUUGGACGAGCAACUGGUAUCUCUAUGUCAUAGUACCCGCGGGUCAUUGACCUGCGCCCCCGCCGCCGCCCUCGCCUCAGUAGAGUCGCUAGCUGACGCCUCACCCAUGGCGAGACGAACAAAACAGGAGAUAGCGGCCGCGCAACGAUUGGCUCGCAAAGCAAAUUUAUCUCCGGAGGCGUGGGCGAAGUGUCUGCUAGGAGCGUGUUACUCACUAUACUUCUUAGCUCUCCCCGGACGAAUGCUUAUAUCACGGGGCAAAGAACACGCUACUUUACGUUUUGCGUUCGAGCUACUGGAACGAGCUACUAAACUGAGGGUACCCUGCGAUGAGGUGUGUUACCGUGUCAUGAUGCAGCUGUGUGGUAUCCACUCACUGCCGGUGCUGGCUGUGCAGCUAUUGUUUCUUAUGAAGCGGGCUGGUCUUCAACCUAAUGCCCUUACAUAUGGUUACUACAAUAGAUGUGUGUUGGAAGCCGCCUGGCACAAGGAUAUGCCCAGCGGAUCUCAACUCAUGUGGAACAAAGUUCGUAUAGCGAUAAUGGGGGUGACUUUGUUCCGUAAGGCGGGGGCUUUGAGAGCCAGUCGAGCGGCAGGAGCUGCGGGAAGUACGGGUACGUUGCCUCGUGUGCGUACGGUGGGCGGCGAGGGUGCAGAUCUGACUGCAUUGGCUCUCGCUGAACCGACGCGUAGCAGAUGUAGCCUGGAUUCGGCAUGCGAUUUGAACGCAUCGGUCAGCACCAAUACGGCUUCGACGACAGCCUUCGAAGCCCUAUACUGCAGAGGUAACAUCGUCCGCGCCCCUGCCAGUCACCCGCGGGCUCAUCAAAUUUCAUCGACCGCCGGUAUACUCAUUUCCGGCCUACCAUCAGAUCCAGAUCUUAGUUCUACAACCCGACCUAGAAGUAAUUCGUUAGGCAGCGAAGAAGUCGAAUCUUCUGUGUCUAUAACGGAGAAGAGACAGACUAUCCACGUAAGUCCCGACAGUCCAUCCGAUCUCAGGAUACUGACACGAUCAGAGAGCUUCGCUGGGGACGCACAGAUAGUACAGAACCUACAAAGGCUAUCGUUUUCUAGUAGCACAUCAAAUACGAAAUCUCGAUGUUCGAGGACGCUGAGCUUCCCCGAGGAACCCGAAAAAGAAACGGCGCUCGUCGACAAAGUCGAGAAAACUAUCUCGUCACCUCUCAAGGUGUCCCCCCGCACCCCGGUGUUGGCGGAUGACCCGCUGGGCGCUCUGUCCGUGGAGCCGAGUAGCCCCGCCCCCGCCCCUCCUACCACGGACGUGCCUCUACCACGACACGAGUUGAGCGUCAGCCCACGACUGUUCCAGAGGAGCAACUCAUUCACUGAGGAACCGGAAACAGUCGGGAAACUCCACAGAAGCGAGACGGCGCCAGCAACAGUGUCAUCAAGCCUGGCCUCUAUAGGAAAUACACUCAAAAUCAGUUUUGGACGUUAUUCACCAGCAAGACUGUCGUUGAGGAAGGAUAAUAUGAACAUCGGAAAGGCUAUGAUCGAGAACUAUUUCAGUCCAACGAGCAUAGCUGGGAAGAAAUCGAACGAGCUAUUACAGAGCGGUCUCAGCAGCUUGAAAUCAGCAGCCACGAGUAUGGCAAAGAAAUUCGAUGAGAUGAAAGAAGUGAUAUCGGCUAAUUCGACUCCGGUCAAAGGCGCUAUAGGCAACGCCACCAGCGCCCUCACUAACUUCAGAGGCGACGAUGACUCGGGAGACGGCUCAUCAGAGGUCAAUCAGAAUGAGUGGUCGGGCGGCGUGGGCUUCAGGCGCGCGUCCAGUGACGCGGAACUGGCGUGUUCUAUGGAGAGAGGUUCCCUGGCUACACUUUUAUCACAUCUACCCGACAAUCUGUAUCCCACGCAGUAUGAUAAUUCAAAGUCCGAGAACCCGUCGGUGGAGGUCCGUAUGACGUCAUGUUCUCAGUGUCACCAGUGCCUGGCGCUGUUGUACGAUGAAGACAUCAUGGCGGGCUGGGCGGCCGACGACUCCAACCUCAACACGCGCUGCACGGCCUGCGGGCGACACACGGUGCCGCUGCUGUCCGUACAGAUCGUACGAAUGGAUCAAACACAGGCGGAAACAUUGACUGUGCCUUAUUUAAAUCCUUUAGUACUGAGAAAGGAAUUUGAAUCUAUAUUAGGAAGAGAAGGCGACGCUUGUUUGGCUGAACGCGAAUUUGUGGAGUCGCAUCCUAUAGUAUACUGGAAUCUGGUGUGGUUCUUGGAGCGAGCCAAUAUAGAUAAUCAUUUCCCUGACUUAUUAUGUCCAAAUUUUUCCGUCAAAUACCAGAGUUCGGAUCCUUUGCCGGAUGUGGACAAAAUGACAGUCGGAUGUCGCGUUGUUUGUUCGUGGGAGGGUGCUCGUGCUGCGGACUGCGAAGCCCCGUCCCUCCACCGGGCGUGGCGUGCGAGGAGGACCCAGCCGCGGUCGAGGCAACUUAGGGCUCUGCUACUGUCACAUCACGACAGACCGACAGACUCUAUCGUGGCGACCAUAUUGGACGGUCUCAUGAGUAACGAUCUAUCAGACGCUGUAAGAAAAUUGGCGGCGUGGAGAGAGUCGACGUGCGCUAACAAAAGAUAUCACUCGUAUUACAGAGACAUUCUAUUCCUGGCAAUGGCUGCACUCGGAGAACAGAAGAUCAAUGUGACGGUGUUCCAGAGGGAAUAUACGCGAGCCAUCGAACAGCUGGGAACAGAGGCUCGGCCGCAAGACCUGCCACCCUCACCUACAGCUGUCUGCUGUAGACAUUACUUUAAGAGACUUACACUCGACGUAGACGACUAGAACAAUACACCUGUUCCCCCUACCACAAGUUUGCACCUUCAAACUACGUACGCAGCGUUUCCACUUUUUCAUUCAUAAUAUCAACGUUGGUUCAAAUGACAGUGGAAACGGUCCGUAUGCAGUAGCUAUGCGGACUUGUAGUAGGUUUAUAUAUAGUGAACCUUGAACGUAUAACGAAUAUAUAGUUAUUAUGUAUUAUUAAAAUUCGUUUGAACAUUAUAUUGUUAUAUAUAACUGGUUUGAUUUGUCACAAAUAAAUUAUUUGAGCGACAAUAAGUUACUUGUAUGAGGUUUUAGCUUAACGACGACAUAACGUAUAUUUGAUAUAAGUACCCUUACCAAUAUUUAUCGUCUAACUUCAUACGGACAGUUUCAAAUUUUUUAUUCGUAAAACUUUGUACUUGAUGAGAUGAAAACUUCUCAGUAUUCCCUGGAAGCAUGGUGCCGCGUCCAUCGCCUUGCAGGGAGAGGAGCUUCAGCAGUGCCUGGGACUUGCGACCCAGGUGUAGGUUUAAGGAGGCCCUAUCUACACCUCCACCGUCCCAGCUCCUCUCUCUACAUAACCAAAUUAGAAUCGAACCUACUAAGGCUGCCUUCGACUCACGUUCCAAAAAUUAAAUAUCACGUGCGCUUAUGAAUAAAAAACUAAGAGACGGUGUGUAUGUAGUUUGACAAUACAAACUUGUGUUAAGGGUAAGUCUCGUCGUGACGACUUGUGAUAGUUAUUUGUUUGAAAUAAUUUUUAAUUCUAAUACAUUAACAGUUCGGGCUUAUGAGAGAACGUUGCAUCACUAACACUGAUUUGAAUUUCGAGACUCAUAUUAUCAGGAAAUGUCACAUCAACGAGGCUUAUUUCAUUUGUUUGCUCAAAACGCUUUUUUAUUUGUAAACGCAAUAUUAAUUAUGAUUAAAUGUGAUCAAGAAAUCUAUAUCUUACAAUUAAAGAGUAUUUGGUUUGUUUAUGUAAUAAUUCUUACAUGUUAAGGGCGAGUGCAUCAGCCGUCCGGUGUGUUAUGGUAAAAAUAACUAGUUAUGACUCAUUCAAUCCCGUCCUAUAGACAUCGGGGUAGAAUUUAUAAGCAUACAAAAGGGCUCUCGUACAAUCAUAUCUAUGCUAAGGUAUUGGCCGAUACGUUGAUAUAUGGAAUCUAAGCGACCCAAUAACGUAUUUUAAACACCCUGUACAAUAUAACCCCGCAGAUCUCAGCACACUGUAUCUAACUUCGGCCUUAUUGGAAUUGCGGCUUUAAUUGCAUUAAAUUGUUCUCAUUAAUAUGGCUUUAAAAUUUUAUUUUGGUAAUAUAACACCUUUGUUUGCUGAGAGUUUUUUUGAUGAACAUAAUUAUAUCUGCUUUAUAUAAAAGUUUGAUAUCAUUGUAAAAGAUAUAUAAAAUCUUGUUUAUGUUUAUGACAUACAAUAAUGUGGUAUAAGAUAGAGAAAGGUCUGGUUAAAAAAAUAUUAAAUGUUUUAAUGAGUAUGCAAUUAUAAUUUGAGAUUUAAAUUGCCUUUAUAGUACCUGUAAAGAGGGUUCAGGUUAUGAUGGUGUCAGCUUAGACAAGAAAAUCAAUUUAUAAUACACACAGAAUAUAUACAUAUAAUUCGGUUUGGUUACAAGCAUGUUUGCCUUUUGAGCCGGCUGGUGCUAAUGCGGAAUGAUUUGGAAUCGUCAUUUGGUUUUUUGUAUAUAAUUAAGUUUUAUAUAAAAUAGUAUUUUAUUCUGCAAGAUCUUAGUCUAAACACCCACUUUCAUUACAUGGGCAUUCCAACGACACUUCAAUGUGAUUUUUACUUUAUUGUAAACGUGGAGUAUAGACGCCAUAAGUUGUCACGUGACUGCCAAAAUUGAAAGUAUUUAAUAUCAUCGUAUAAGAAAUAUAAAUAAAUUCUUGUUUCAAAUGUGAUAGUUUAUUGUUAAAAUUUUGAGCUUUCUCAUAAUAAUUGGACAUUUUAUUGCGGCCUAAACAAUCUAUAGAUAAAUAUUAUUGUCAACACGAAUACUCAAUGGAUACAAAGAUUUUGAAAGCGUUCAAUGGAAUAUAUUUAUUUAACCGUCUAUAGCUUAAGGUACAUUUAUAGAAUUAUUUUAAAGUUAAUUAUGUUACAUGAGUGGUACAUUGUAUACAAUUUAUAUAUAUUAAUGGAGUGGCUUCAUAUUUUUUUUGCCUCUAGUGAUGUCACAGCCAUAUUUCAUUUGUACAAUGGUGAUAGUCACUCAGAUGUAUUUUUGUAAUGAAAGGAUAAAGAAUUAAAUAAUUUUUAAUGUAUUAUUAGAUAUCUGAACACGGUAAUCAAAAAGACAUGCAAUAAGUAUUGCGUAAUGUUGUUACUUUGUAUCGAUUACAAUUAUAAUACAAUUGACGAGUGUGAGAUGGAUAUAAUUUUUAUAAAAAAAAAAAUAUAAUGCUUCAUUUAA